AUGUCGACGUUUGGCACGUACUACCGCGUCUCUACCUUUGGCGAGUCGCACUGCAAGGCAGUUGGUUGUGUUGUGGAUGGCAUCCCCCCGGGUCUGGCUGUGGAGGAUGUCGACAUCCAGCGGCAGCUCACGCGCCGGCGUCCGGGCCAAAGCAACCUGACGACCCCGCGCGACGAAAAGGACAAGGUCGAGAUCCUUUCGGGCACGGAGCGCAACGUCACGCUGGGUACGCCUGUGGCAAUGAUGGUGCGCAACCAGGACCAGCGCCCGCACGACUACACCGACGAGACGCUCGACGCUUAUCCCCGCCCGAGCCACGCCGACUUUACCUACCUGGAAAAGUACAACGUCAAGGCUAGCAGUGGUGGCGGUCGCAGCAGCGCGCGCGAGACCAUCGGGCGUGUUGCCGCAGGUGCGCUCGCGGAAAAGUACCUCAAAGAGGCCUACGGCAUCGAGAUCGUGGCGUUCGUCUCGGGCGUUGGCCAGGUGCACCUGCCGCAGUACAUCGCCAAGACCUCGGAGGAGGACGAGGAGACGGAGCUGCCGAUGAGCGAGAACUUUAUCAACCUCCUCAGCACUGUCACGCGCGAGAGCGUCGACAAGGAGGACGUGCGCUGCCCGGACGCGGACGUCGCCGAGCGCAUGCGCCAGCGCAUCCUCGCGGCCAAGUCGAAGAACGACUCGAUCGGCGGCACGGUCACUUGUGUGAUCCGCAACACCCCGGUCGGCCUCGGCGAGCCCUCAUUCGAUAAGCUCGAGGCGCUGCUCGGCCACGCCAUGAUGAGCAUUCCGGCGACCAAGGGCUUCGAAAUCGGCUCGGGCUUCCGCGGCACCGAGGUGCCGGGCAGCAUCCACAACGAUCCGUUCGUCACCAAGCCCGACGGGAGCCUGGGCACCAAGACCAACUGGAGCGGCGGAAUUCAGGGCGGUAUCUCGAACGGGGAGCAUAUCUACUUCCGCGUCGCUUUCAAGCCUCCUGCGACCAUCUCGCAGGAGCAGAAAACGACCCAGUACGACGGCACGGAGGGCGUCCUCAGCACGCGCGGACGCCACGACCCGUGCGUCGUCCCGCGCGCCAUCCCGAUCGUGGAGUCUAUGGCUGCGCUCGUGCUCAUGGACACGGUCCUCGCACAAGACGCGCGGUCCAAGGCGGCGAGCGUCCUGGACCCAGCCGCGAUCGGCGCACUGCCGCGCAGCAUGAAAAAGCACAACCACCCCUCGGUGUAA